GCUGCUAUCAGUGACUCCCCGGUAACGGUGAGACGGGCGGCGGGGACGAGCACAGCGCGCCACCGAGGGGAGAACAUGGUCUCACUGUGGCUCGCGUGGGUGUGUCUCGUGCAGACCUCCGGGAUGCUGUCUCACGUGGACAGAUAUGAGGUGGUCCGACCUCGGAGACUUGAGGGGAGACAGAAGAGGAGCCUGCGGGACAACCAGCUGUAUCCUGACGCGGUGCAGUACGAGCUGGCCAUCGAAGGCAGGAACCACACAAUUCAUCUGGAAAAAAACAGGAAUCUCAUUGGCCGAGGCUACACUGAAACACACUACUCAGAAGACGGAAAACGGGUCACGGCUUCACCAAAGGAAGAUCACUGCUACUACCACGGCCACGUCGAAGGCAUGGAGGACUCGUCAGUCAGCGUUGGGAUCUGUUCCGGCGUUAGUGGCUUUGUGAGAGCGCGGCAGCAGGUUUACCUGAUCGAGCCCCUGGGACCGUCUGAGGAUGCGGACCACGCGGUUUACAGACCGGAGCACCUGAAGAUCGGCAGCAGCGCCGGCUGCGGCUCCUCGUCCAACAGCACCCCGCUGGACGACCAGGACCCGGCCCAGGGCCCUCGGCUCUCUGGCCUCUUCAAGUCCAGAUCAUGGAAAACUAAACCCGUCCCAGGUCCACAGAGAUUUCUCGAGCUGUUUGUGGUGGUGGACAAUACUGAGUAUAAGCGAUAUGGAAGCGAGACUAAAUCCCGUAUUCUCGGAGCUAUAAAUCACGUUGACAAGCUGUAUCGACCUCUGAACAUUCGCAUCAUGCUGGUGGGCUUGGAGAUCUGGACAUACAGAGACUACAUUGAGGUUGACAGUAAUUCAGAGACUACCCUGGACAAUUUUCUAGUGUGGAGGCAGGCCGAUCUCCUGCAGAGGACGAAGCACGACAAUGCCCAGUUUGUGACUGGCAAAGAUUUUAAAGACGAAACAGUUGGACUGGCAAAUAAAUUUGCCAUGUGUACUGAAAACUCAGGUGGAGUUAAUCACGAUCACCAUGACAACCCAACAGGCCUGGCCUCCACCGUCGCUCAUGAGAUGGGACAUAAUUUCGGCUUGUCCCAUGAUGCUGAAGGUUGUAUGUGUGGUCCCUUCUACAGCAGGGGGAACUGUGUGAUGGUAGAGAAGCUCAGGAUGGGAAAUCAAGCGUUCCCGGAGUUUUUCAGCGGCUGCAGCAUGGAGCAGCUCGCUGAGUUCAUGGAGCGAGCUCAGCCAAGCUGCUUGUCCAAACCCGGCUCCGUCAGGACCAUCGCUGCAGGCCCUAGCUGCGGCAACGCCCUGCUGGACCCUGGAGAAGAGUGUGACUGUGGCACUGUGGAGGAAUGCACAAACCUGUGUUGUGAUGCCUCAACUUGUCGUCUGACUUCAGGCUCUCAGUGUGCUCACGGACAAUGCUGUGACAACUGUCAGUUCAAACCGGCUGGAAGUGUGUGCAGAAAGUCGGCGGGUGACUGUGACCUGCCUGAAUACUGCACCGGAGCCUCGGAGGUUUGUCCUGAAGAUAGUUUUGAGAUGAACGGCAAGCCCUGCUUCCACCAGGCGCAGGGCUACUGCUACAACGGACGAUGCCCCACACAUCAGCAGCACUGCUGGAGGCUGUUUGGACCAGGGGCCACAGUUGGACCAGAUGUGUGUUUUAACCUGAACAAACGCGGCGAAGAAGGCGCCAACUGUGGGAGGAACAAAUUCGGCUACCUGCCCUGCACCGCACCGAAUCUUAAGUGUGGAUCUAUGUUUUGUGGAGGAGGGGGCGAGUCCAUCACAGGUAAAAGAGCAGCCUACACUGUGAACAGCGUCGCAUGUAAUCUAGCGGUGGAUGACGAUAAGACCCGAAACAUCGACAUGGUGCCGGAAGGAACCAGAUGUGGACCAGAUAAGGUCUGCCUUGACUACAGAUGUGUCGAUGUUUCAGUUUAUGGGAAAGAGGAGGACUGUGCAAAGAAAUGCAACAACAAUGGGGUGUGUAAUCACAAGAAAGAGUGCCACUGCAAUCCCGGCUGGGCUCCACCCUACUGUGACAUCCAGUACACAGAUUUACCUCAAGGUCGGAGUGGGAUAAUAGCCGGUGUGUGUGCAGCGCUCUCCAUCAUUCUGGUGAUCACUGUGGUGAUUGCAGGGCUGAUGUGCUGCAAAAAGGACAACGUGGACAACUACGCGGCCAAAAGGAAAGUACAUUCUGCUCCAGACAAGUUUCAAGGCAGACCUCAGAUCAGUCAGCCCACUUUCAUGGAGUCAACAGCAACGCAAGCCUACGCUCCUCUGAUUGUAACUGUGAGUCCCAGCAGGGCCGCUCCGCAGCCACCAAAGAAUCUGUCUUCAGUGUCGUUUUCUACCUCACAAACUGAGCCGACAAAACCUCUACCUCCAUCCAACCCUUUACCUCCUCUGAAUCAAACUCCGAAUAAGACAGCCAGACCAAGUCCUCCUCCUGUGCCUCCAGUCAAGCCCAGACCUCCUCUGCCUCCAGCGAAGCCGCAAGUUCACAAACUCACAUGAACGUCUCAUUAAAAGUUGCAGCGCGUUGAACAUGAGAGAGCAAUCCUUUUUGGGAUCAUUCAUGUGAGUCACAGAGGCCAAAGAGUUUGGAAAAGUUUCCUUUUCUUCCUCUGUCUUAAAGACGGCGCGAUGUGACCACGGCCUCACCGACUGAGAAUGUCUUUGAUGACCAACAGCUUCACAGCUGCUGUGGAAAAGUGAUUUUUUUGGGGGUUGCAGUUGUUUGUAAAAAGUUCUUUGUGCUCACUUGCUUUAACAUUACGUUGUCUCCUUACAGCGUGAGCAAAAUGGUGCUCACAUGAAAAUGUACUUUUCAAAUAUUAAUUUAGGGUCAUAUCAUUAGUCAAGGAGGGUCAAAAACGGGGGAAGGGGAGUAUUUCUUAUUUCUUUUUGGUGAAGGGAGGAUAGUAUUGUUUCUUUUGGGUGAAAGGGGGAGUAGUCGCACGUUUUUGGAAAAGCAGGAAAGCGAGGAAGGGUGUUUUGUGGCGGGGAAGUUCGGUUUUUGGUCUCCACCACCUCCUGAGAAAAAGAUCUCUCUUUAGAUAUAUAUCUAAUACUCUCUAAAUUCUCCUCUGUGUCCAUCAGCGAGUCUCUAACUGUGUCUUGUCUGCUGUGGAAUUAAGGAUUUAUUUCAAUCAAACUAGAGUUUUUUGGGUUUUUUUGGGGUGAGUUAAGGUGAUUCAUCUAGUCAUCGUUAGGUGAAGGGGAGAAACUUGAAUUCAGAAAAUGUUUGGUUGUGUUUUUUAUGUAAAUUAGGGACAAAAUAUGUUAAUAUUUAGUUUGAUUUUCUUUUGUUUAUUUAUUAGCUAGUGAAACGACGCAAACUCGCCGCUGAAACGGUUUCACGAAGCUGCUCUCCUCCUAUCAUUUUCAUACAGACCCGAAGUCCAAAGCCAGUCUGUCUUCUACAAGGUUUCUUUAAGAAUGGUACACACAGUAUUCAGAUGACCUGUGUGAGUUACUGUGAUUCAUGCUUUGUUUUCAGUCCCGAGUGUGUGCGUGCGUGUGUGC